CCUAUGUAUGUAAUGUGAUACGUGGCGUUACGUACACACGUACACCCUCCUUCAUGUAUCAAAUAAUUGUGAUCCGCGCUAUGUAGAAUUGCUUGGGCUUCAUGCUGGCUUGGCAAAUGACGCUGCAGUUCAUACCUUUGAAGCCCAGGCGGCGCUACAGGACCGCUACUGGCGAUGGAACAGGAGCCGCUUUUCCCAACGGCGCUUUCUAGACCUAGGAAAAGAGAAGAGUCACUUCCGUUCUACUACAGCGUUUUUCCGAUUAAUAACUUCCAAUAAGUAACUGACGCUCAAGUCCGUAUCUGCGCGUGCGCAGCAAGCUUUUCUCGUUCCGGUCUCGUUUCCUCUCGCGAAAACGGACGAAACCGGACGUCCUGCCUUCUUCCCCUUCCGGUCCCCGUGUCCCUCUCUCUUUAACUCCGGCAAAGGGGCCGGACGGACACGCCGCAACCAUGGCGCUCUACAACUUCAAGAAAAUCAUGGUCGUCCCGUCUGCCAAGGUAAAAGGAGGACGGCUCCCUUCUUUCGGGAUUCGACCGGCGCGCGGGGGCUUCGGACUGCGGCUGCGCCGUUUCUGUCGGAACACGGCGGCCCCGGUUAGCGCGUGGCAGGAGGGGGGGGAGGGAGAGGCCACGUGCCGGAGAAGGGGGAAGCCACGUGACGUGCCUGGCCCCUCAUUGGUUCUCUUGUUCUCGCGGCUGCGCUGCUCCACAGUGUGUGUUUUUUUGGGAGGGGGGAGCUCUGCCUGUUGAAUUUCUGCCUGUAGCGUUGCUGCAUCUGGUACCAGCAGUGCCGGAUUUACGUGUAAGCUAAACAAACUGUAGCUUAGGGCCCCACUCUCUUGGUGCCCCCCAAAAAGAUUUCAUGGAAAAAAACCUGGAUGUACAUUUCCAAAAUAUAAGAUAAAAAACAAAAUAAAAUAAAACCUGCAUACAGCAACAGUGUUUUGGGUUGUGUAGGCUCCUAUGAUGUAAGUAAUGGGCCCUGGCUGCUAGCCUGCUCCCUAAAAUAUCACUGGUUUGCUCAUUUCUAUAUCCGUUACUUUGAUAAAAUACAUAACUUGUUAUGAGCAAAUGGCUUUAGGUCCAUAAAUUACCAUAUAACUUAUAUUCAACACAAAAAACAGCGACAAUUUGUUGUUGACAAAGGACAGCUGAACAUAUAAAUUACCAUUACCUUCAGUAGCUUAGGCCCUCAUCAAACCUAAAUCCGACCCUGGGUGCCAUCGAGGGGUAGGAAUAAGUAGUGAUCCUAAUAGUGACACUGUUUAUGUAUUAAAUUUGUCGCAGAAUCGUAGAGUUUGGAAAGGGGGUCCUCCGAGGGUCAUCUAGUCCCACCCCCCUGCCAUUCAGGAAUCUCAACACAGAAUCCUAUCAGCUGCUUUAAUCUUGCGACUUAACAACCAGUCAAAUAGGCAGCAAACCCCACGUUAAACUUAAAGGGAAGAGAAAUGCAUAGAAAACUUCUCACCUGCCACUUCUAAAAGGCUGCAGAUAGUUAAAGGCUUGCUGCCAAAGGAAUGGUUUUGCCAGGAACCCCUCAAUUAUUGAUGUGGUUUUUUGUUCCUAAUGUGCUAAGCAAGGAACUAGGGAUCCUUUGGCCCUCCAAAUGUUUCUGAAUCACAACUUCCAUGAGUGUGGCCAGCAGCGAGGGGUGGGAGGGGGGUCGUAGUUCAGUGAUGUCUGGUUGGGCCAGAGAUUUCUCACAACUGUGGCUGUUAAGACAGAAGCACAACAAAAAAAAUGGGCAAAUAAUCUCUCAACAAAUGAAACUGAUCUGUAAAAAAUGUUACUUGGAAAGAAAAAAAGAGGUACUUUUGUAAACCAAGAAAAUCUUUAAUAAAAAUACAUAAAAAACAACAACAGGGAAAUAAGCAAAUGAAAGCAGGCGCAAUGGCUGAAAGCUGCAAUCAAACAGACAAUUAAAUAAAAUUGCUCUUGUUUUUAAAAAGGCUGACUUUAAAAAAAAAAAAUUAAAUCUGGGGAAAGAACUGUACUUUUCUUUUUGGCCUGGUGCUUAAGUGAUAGCAGAGGGGUUUCCAGGCAUGUUUCCUUGGGGGUCAUUCUCAAGGGAAGCCACCAUUGAGAAGGGCUUCAUUUGAUCAUCACCUGCUGGCACUUCAGAUGACAGUCUUGGGUGAAUGUGGCAGGUGCAUCCUCACUGUGAAUUGGUGAAGUCUCCUCACUUUUCUGGGCAACCUCUCCAUGUGUGCAGAAGACUCCAGCUGUCUUAAUAUAGCACCACUCCCUAUCUCCACCCCCACAGAAUAUUUGCUGUAGGUGGUGCCUUUAUUUUAUUUUUUUGCAGCUCUAUUCUCAGCUUGCUUGCCCUUCUUCCAAUAUUGUUUUGCCCAGUGCAAAUGGCUUUCCUUCCUCCCACUAGAAACGAGUGAUGAGAGAAUAGUGCUAUACUGCUAGCGGCUCCUUUUUGUACAAGGUGAUGCUUAUCUGAAUUACUCUUGUAACAUUCCAUGAGAGGAAUUAAACUGAAUGGGUGUUUCUGUGUUGGUUCACACCCAUGGUUCUUGGAAGUGAAACGAGGGCUCUGUUCUGGAGGUGGAAGCUACAGGAUCAGUGCUUGAUGGGCUUUCAGUUUCUGAUAAAUUCUCCCCAGUCAUUGUAUGUCCUUAAAUGUUUUUGGUACACAGUGUCAGGAGCCUGAAGCACAGCACCCUUUCCUUUGCUUGUUCCCAGGCCUAGUAGAGAAGCAAGCAUCACCAUCCAGAUGAUCUGUUGGUACUAUGCUAGAUGAAGCAAUGGUCUGAUGCAGCAUAGUGGAAGAUCAUGUUUUUGCAUGGCUGUUAAAAUCACAUGAACAUUUGCUUUCCUUAAAAAAAAGAAAGAAAGAAAAAGAUUUUAACUUUCUGAAGCAUUAUUUCAUUGCAGUUAAGAUGGCCUUAAGCAACCUGGUGUCCUCCAUCUGUUUGAGACUACAACUCCCACCAGCCAGCACAGCCAUUCUUGUUGAGGCUGAUGGGAGUUGUAGUCCAAAACAGAUGGAAGACAUUGAGUUCGUGAAGACUGCCUAGAAUGCUUUAUUUCUGGGGUCAGGAAGCAUGCUUGCUGUAUUUGUUAUAUUAAGUUUGUUGUAUUAAAUUAAGCUUUUUCCCAAUUGCUGUUAAUUCUCAGUGACUAAGUCUGUAGAUCUAAAAGCUAUACUUUUAAUCUCAAUGGGCUGGAGUUGACCUGCUUCUAACAAACAUAUUGUAUCUAAAUUUUCUAACAGUACCUACAUGUAGAAGAUCAGGUUUUUUGGUACAUUUUACCCUCCAAGAUCCUAGAUGGCAGAUUUGCUAUGGUUCUCUUUAAGGAGCCUUUUAAGGAACAUGAGAGAGCUUGAAACAGUCUCUCAUGUAUUUUUCUACUGUAGAUUUUAUUAAGGAAUUGAAGAACGCAUAAUUUAUCCCCAAAAUACUUGAUUGAUUGAUGUUGACACUUUAUAUUGAAAUGAGUUAUGAUGGAAAUUAGUGGAACUUUGAUGCAUAUGUGCUUAAGAACAGAGAGCAAGUCUGUUAGGGCAAUGAAGGGGUUUGGAGUGGAUUUUUAAGCACAAUCAGUAUCAGUAAAAUUAUGUGAAAUUGCUGUUCUUUUAACGGUGGGUUGAAACAUUUUGUUCAGAGGCAAGCAGGCAAUGACUGCAUGUCUCAUGAUCCCUAGUCUUAAGGGCUUUCCAGAGUUAUUUGCCCUGUCGCAGCACACUUGACCGAACUCUUCUUUUCUGCUUUCAACUACAGAUGUGAGUUUUUGACUCUUGUUUUAUUGUGACGUUGGUGACUUUGAAAACACUAAACACAUCUUCUUCCUUGCCGUUUGUUUUUUAACUGCAGGACUUCAUAGACCUGACGUUAUCCAAGACGCAGCGGAAAACGCCCACAGUAAUUCAUAAGCAUUACCAGAUUCACCGCAUCCGUCAUUUUUACAUGAGAAAAGUAAAAUACACCCAACAAAAUUACCACGACAGGCUCACUCAAAUCAUCAUGGAUUUCCCAAAACUAGAUGUAAGUGGCUUUGGCAGGAGGCAGUUGAACACAAAAAGUUAUUCUAAGCCCAGUGUUAUACUCUCUGCAUGAUACAUGGCCAAAAAAUCUUGCAAAAAUCUUUCUUUUGGGUAAACCAUAUCUGGUUUCUUAGAGAAAGGUUAUGAACCGUAUUUUUUGCUCUAUAAGACUCUUUCCCUCCUAAAAAGUAAGGGGAAAUGUGUGUGCCUCUUAUGGAGCGAAUGCAGGCUGUGCAGCUAUCCCAGAAGCCAGAACCGCAAGAGGGAUUGCUGCUUUCACUGUGCAGCGAUCCCUCUUGCUGUUCUGGCUUCUGAGAUUCAGAAUAUUUUUUUUUUCUUGUUUUCCUCCUCCAAAAACUAGGUGCGUCUUGUGGUCUGGUGCGUCUUAUAGAGCGAAAAAUUCUACUUCAAGUUCUUUCUUUUACAAUAUUAUAAAUUGGUCUAUAAAGUCCUAAAUGGUUUGGAGACCAGUUAUCUUGGGGAAUGCCUGCAGUAUCCUGCCAAUAAGGUGAGUUCUGCUGGCACGUCUCUCUUGAUCGCACCAUCACCCGAUGAAGUCUGGAUUCCUGGAACUUGGUAUAGGGCUUUCUCAAUAGCUGCCCCCCCCCCCAGCUGUGAAAUUCUCUUCGCCCGUACCUUACAGUGGCACUGGCAUUAAUGAGCUUUUAGUGCCAAGUGGAAAUCUUCCCCUUUUGCCUGGUUCCCACAAGCUGACAUUUUUAUAACAGAUGGGGAACACUUGCAUCAGCUUUAGUCUGGGUUUGCUGGAUUUGUUUUAUUGCUUUAUGAAACUGAUGUAACGCAUAUGUUGCAACUUGCCCCGUGACAGCUUAGGGUGAAGUUUGGCUAUCAAUCCCCGAAACAAUGUAGCAUAUGUUGAUAAAGUACAGUAAGCAAAGUUAUUUAUUUAGGAUACUUCCUCUGGAAAAGUUCAGGGCGAUGUACAGGGUGAGUCUUUUAAAAGAGGCCCGGUGGAACAUGUGUAUUCUGUAUCUAUGGGGUCUCUUUUAAAGGACUAGCCCUGUACAACAGACAUUAAAAACAUGAUAUGUCUGUUAACCUUAUUUUAUUAUGAUUUGCUGCUUAUUGAGAAGGAGAGAGUCAUGUAGGAUUUUGGAUAGUGUUCUGUGAAAAUAUAUGCGCGGUUUGUUUGAGUCGUUCUGGCAAAAUGAAUAAUCAUGUGUUUUAAAGACUGUAUUAUACAGUAGACAAGAUGCCACCUGCUGAUACAGCUUGAGUUGAUCAUUGAGUGUGCAAGUUUCUAAUUCUGUAGAAUUUAUUGCUCCUUGGCUCCUGAAAGCUUGCGUGCUCUUACACCGACCUGGGCCGAGCUAAUGAAUGCUGUUUUAAUUUGUAACACUCUUUUAAAAUCUGCUGUUUUCAACAUGGUCAAUGGUGUAGCAUAGUUCAGUUUCUUCUUAGGGUUGCAUCGUUCUAGUUGCUUUUUAUGCAAAAGAAGGCUAGGUUGAGCAAGAAAGACCUUGCUAAAGAGAGUAAAUAUCUUUGCAGUGCAUUAUGUAUGCGGAACCUCCAUUUUUGCCUAGGUCUGUGCUCUCUAUGGUCAUCAAACAAAUACAAAAACCUUAACCUAGGAUUCAAUGAGCUCCACAGACUCAUACAAGAAGCUUAUGUUAGCCUUGUUCACAGUUUCCCAAGCUUUGGUCUCUAGCUAUUUUUGGACUACAACUCCCAUCAUCCCUAUGUGGCUGGACCCAGUGGUUAGGGAUGAUGGGAACUGUAGUCCCCAAAAAAGCUGGUGGCCCACGUUUGGGAAACCCUGGCCUAGUUGAAUUGUGUGACAUUCUUCUUCUGAGCAGGUUAUUCUUUCUCUUGGGCUGUGUACACACUCCUGUUUACUCUUCAUUGAGUGCACUUUUCCACUCCUGGUUUGGGAAGUGGUGUACGGAUGACAUUAGCCUCAGUCCAUAUAUAUCUUGUUAUUUCUUUGUUUUUGAUGUGUUUUGUCUUAAAACCACCUUUGAUCUGAAUUGAGGAAAAAGAACAACCUAGCUGUAUUUCAAACUAGUAAUGUGUACACAGCCUUAUUCUUAAGUUUGUCUUCCAUCCUCUAACCUGAUGGUUCCCAGGGCGCUACUCAACAAUAUAUUAAGUACCCAAACCAAUACAAGAGCCAUAAAACCAUUAUGAAAACCAAACAAAAAGCAAGAAAUCAGUAAUUCAGACAACAUAGCAACAGUUUACAUUUUACAUCAGCCCAAAUGAUAAGCCUAGGGAAAUAAUCUGGUGCAUAAGAACAGAUAGUGUAGGAGACAGCAGUAUCUUUGUGACAGCGGUGGGGGUCUUUUUAUGGUCACCUGCCAUUAUAUUGAUUUCGGAUGAUUGUCAGAUGGAUAGCCACACAGCAGGUGAAUGGUUGAGGAAAACUGCCUUCUGAUUCCCUACUCCUGCCCUGUAGGAAGGAACCUCCACAUUUAGGGUGCCACAACAGAGAAAGCCCUGUUCUGCAUUGUUGCACCACAAACAAUGGAUGCAAACAGAAAUAUGAGCAGGCUGCUCCUGGAUUUAUGCUGCAUCAUAGAAUGCUUUUUUGAACUUUCAUCUAGUUUCAAAAUCAGUUUACUAUGGCCCAAAAUUCCCUUGAGCUUGCGGAAGUAGUCAGCCCUCUGGACCUUGGCUGUGCUACUUAGCAAAGGUUAAAUCGCUAAGAAGUUUGCAUAUUGACAUAUGUUUUGUUCUUUUUUCCCCCCAGGACAUCCAUCCAUUUUAUGCAGAUUUGAUGAACGUUCUUUAUGACAAAGAUCAUUACAAGUUGGCUUUGGGGCAAAUUAACAUUGCAAAAAAUCUGAUUGACAAGUAAGAGCUUAAUAUUUAGUUGUUGUCCAUGCUUCAAAAAACAUUUCUGUUGUUUGGAUCACUGUAACACAUAAACAUAGGGACGCGGGUGGCGCUGUGGGUUAAACCACUGAGCCUAGGGCUUGUUGAUCAGAAGGUCGGCGGUUCGAGUCCCGCAACAGGGUGAGCUCCCGUUGCUCAGUCCCAGCUCCUGCCCACCUAGCGGUUUGAAAGCACGUCAGAGUGCAAGUAGAUAAAUAGGUACCGCUCCGGCGGGAAGGUAAACGGCGUUUCUGUGCGCUGCUCUGGUUUGCCAGAAGCGGCUUAGUCAUGCUGGCCACAUGACGCGGAAGGUGUAUGCCCACUCCUUCGGUCACUAAAUCGAGAUGAACGCCGCAACCCCAGAGUUGUCCGCAACUGGACAUAACAGUCAGGGGUCCCUUUACCUUUGCCUAACACAUACACACACAUUUUGUUUGGAAAAGGCUUCCUAGUCUUUAGCGGUUCCUCCUUAUAAAGCCAUUCAUUUGGAACAUGAAGGAAUGCCUGCAUGUUCCUUGGGACUUACCCUUUCCAAACACUCCAGUUCUGUGCUCAGGUAUUAGGAUGGUGGAGAGGGCAACAAGCUUCUAGCAGCCUCAAUACAAGUUUGACUUCUGUUUUUGAAAUACAGCGUUGCCAAAGAUUAUGUACGGCUGAUGAAAUAUGGAGAUUCCCUUUACCGAUGCAAGCAGCUGAAGCGGGCUGCUCUGGGACGGAUGUGUACAAUCAUCAAAAGACAGAAGCAGAGCCUGGAGUACUUAGAACAAGGUGGAGUAUAUCGGGGUUAUAGCAGGACAGACUUACUACUUUAUUGCGAUACCACCCUUCAGUCAGUAAGUUCAUACCGGCCUCUCAGACUUCUUGUCCCAACUUUGCCUUCACAACCGCCCUGUGAGUCUGAGAAAGUGACAGACUGAUGAUCACCCAAGUGCCAUGGCUGAGUGAUGGUUCUAGUACUCUUCUGGCAGCAAUAAUCAUUGCAGCACUUUGGCUGUCAUUAGACAAUGAAUUUUAGUAGUAAUAAAGUUAAUCUGCCAGAAAUGGGCCCAUUCAAUAAUAUCCCUGGCCAAUCUUCAUGUUCAGCCAGAGAAAGUAUACGAGACUUGCCUUGCUUCUACAAGAAGUAGGUAGCCUGGUGUGUCUUCAUUUAAGGUGUGGAAGUUUUUGCCAAUUAAUAUUAAGCAAGAGCUGUUAGUACAUUUCCAAUUGUGCAAUGAAACACCCCCUCCCCAUAACUCUUCUGCCCCAGAACAAAUUUACGGAACAUUCGAAGAGACGGCAGGGAUGUUCUGUUGCACCAUUGGACUGCUUUGUGGAUACUGUCUUUUGUUCAAAAUGCCUGCUUAGGACUCUUCUGCUUACACUGGGCCUAUCAGAUGCAUAGCUCAGCCAUUGGUAAUUGUGCAUCAGUGCCCAGAUGCUAAGUAUUUUUAGACUUCAACAAAUGAAAGAUUGUCUUUAUUUUUUACAGUGCGUCAGCAUUUAUCUCGCUUGCCAACCAUCGACCCUAACACACGGACUCUCUUACUGUGUGGUUACCCGAAUGUUGGGAAAUCCAGCUUUAUAAACAAGGUUUGUGGAUAUUUGUAUGGCUUCGGAGCCAAAGGAAAGUACCAUGCAAUCAUAAGCUACUUAUUCUACUCGGAAGUAAAUCCCAUUGAGUUGCAUGCAACUUGCUCCCUAGUAAAUGUGUUUAGGAUGGUAGCCUUAGUUGAGUUUAUAUUCAGUUAGGGAUGUGCUGCCUCUUAAUGAGUGAAUAGAUAUUUUAAAUAUUUGAGUAGAUAAAGGGUCACAUUCUCUUUUAAGGGCUGCAAUAUCAGUGGUGGUCAUGGCCAGGGCCAGAUCAACAUGCGUUACAGAGUACUGCUUUCAAGCUAUGCAAAACUCGGAGGUUUCUAUGCACAAUCUCUCCAUCCGGGCACAAGUGCCGUAGCACUUUGCACGCCUGCGAUUCCCAGGAGGUAUUCAGAGUAUAAUGUCUUUGACAGUGGCGGUAGAACACAACUAUGGUGGAUAGUAACCAUUGAUAGUCUUGUCUUCCAUGAAUUUGUUUAAUCCUCUUCUAAAGCCCUCCAUGUUGGUGGCCAUCACAGUCUGCUGUGGAAGCAAUUUCGAUAUUUUAACUAUGCACUACAUGAAAAAGGACACAUUCUAUCCUUGAGGUUGGGGUAGGACCAGGGAAGAGGGUAGCCUGUGGAGAAUCUCAGGGUCUGGAUAGAGAGACCUGGAGCUUGGAAGUUCCACCCCGAGUGCUAAACAGAAGAUACUUGGUUUUACAUAGUCUGAGAUCCAGAACAGAAAAUAUCUUCUCUUUCCUACCUCACACCUAAAUAAGCGUGCUCUAGUUUGAACUGCAGUGGCUCAGACAUUUCUCUUGUAAGAAGCCGAGUAUGACCCUUGUUUGUUUGAAAAAUGGAAUUGCCUUAUAAAUGGAGAGAUGCUGCAACUUUGGGACUUCUUGUGUUUCAGGUGACAAGAGCAGAUGUAGAGGUGCAGCCGUAUGCCUUCACCACAAAAUCUCUGUUUGUGGGCCACAUGGAUUACAAGUAUCUGCGUUGGCAGGUAAGGACUUUGCUGUAGCAAUUAGUUGGGACAGAACUUUCUCCUUCAGGGUAAUGCUGUGAAUCGCAUUUCUCCUUCAGGGUAAUGCUGUGAAUCGUGGUUACAUAUUCUUAUGACCACUGCUCCUUGUGCAUUUUUCUAAUCUAUGGUUUGUAAUGAAGAAGAUUCCAGUGAAACAGUCAGAUUAUCCGGGAUCACUAUCCUACGUUGUUAUUCACUUACUACUUCGGCACCUGAACGCCUAAAAGGUUUUACCGCUUAGCCCACAGGAUAGCAUCUAUUACUUUGUUUCAACUAUAGACUUAUUAUACUUCUACGGUGUUCAUUUGAUUUCAGAUAUAUUAGAGAAUUUACAAGUGUAUACGUUUUGUUUUUGUUUUACCAAAUUAUGUAUAUUAUGCAAUAAGAAUUGCAGUGCUAUCUAGUAUACUGGUCAUCGUGUUGUUUGUGUUGUUUGUUGUGAAUCGUAUUUUGGCUUCCUAGAGUUCCUUAUAAAGUUUCUGAACUUCCAAUUAGCUGAUUAGGAUUCAUGAUGUCUGCAUUGAACUAGUUUGCUCUGGAGGUUGCCUUGCUUGCAAUCUUUACCUUUGUAGCAAACUGCAAGCUAGGUUGGGAGUCUUCUUUUACAGUGAUGGCCACUCCUUCCAAGCUGUAACCCUCUGAAGAUUGAGCCCUUGUCUCAAUGCAGUUUUCAAAGGAAUUUCUCCUUUUUAAUAAUGUUUGCCCAGUCUUGUCUCGGCCACGGACCCCAACACAGCUCAUUUGGUGAUCCUGUAGAUGAGCUGAUUGGGGUGAAGCUCCUGUGUGUCUUCUCACCACUUAUUGAGUCAUCUGAUGAUACUCUAGCUCAGCUAUCCACAUGACUACAUAAGACAGGCUGUCUGAAAAUGUGGGCGACUGCAGUUUCUAGACUCGAGGGUUGUGACGAAAUAGUUUUAAUCCUCUAUGGCAAUAUAAACCUAUUACAAAAGAGUGUCCUGGGCUUUUAGCCCUUGGAAGGGUGUUGACACUCUGUACAUAGCUGCCUAGCCAUUGAUUAAUGUAACUUUCAUGUUCUGGAGCUUUACCAAAAGACAUAACACCCUGUGCCAAAACUGUAAAACAAACCUGUCCAAAUCUGCCUAGGAAGAUCAGUUGGCAUGCUUCAGUUUGUCCAAGUGAAUGACUACAGUGACUUCAACUAGGGGUCCUGUAGCCAGAUGCUGUGCUUGUUUACUUAGAAGUAAAUCUACUGAGUUCAAUGGGACUUACUCGCAGGAUAUGUGGGUAUGGGAUUGCAGCCAUUGAUAUUACAUGUAGGAGCAAGAAUUUCUUUGGUAUUCUGAGCGAUACCAUUUCAGCAUCCUUGCCUUCUGUUUUGCAGUUUAGGAGGAAAGUAUAAUAGUAUUUGAGUUGCAGAGGUGCUUGAAACGCUGUUCCAGAAGUGGGGCUAUUUUUCCUCCCUGGCCCAAUUUCUGGUUUGCUUGUCAAUGCAUGUGAGAUCAAGGACUUUAAUUCUGUCUGUCUUCAUUCUAGGUGGUGGAUACCCCCGGUAUUCUGGAUCAUCCCCUGGAAGAGAGAAACACCAUUGAGAUGCAGGCAAUAACAGCGCUUGCCCAUCUUCGUUCAGCUGUCCUGUACGUCAUGGAUAUAUCAGAGCAGUGUGGGCACAGCCUCGAAGAGCAGCUCGAACUCUUCAGCAAUAUCAAGCCACUGUUUGUUAACAAGGUGGGCUGGGAUUUAAUAUCUGAUGCCGAGUUGCUGCCUUCUUGGUUAUAAAAUCUAGACCGGAUGCUUAGUUCAAUCUGUUAUUUCCCCCUUUUUAACUUUCAGCCUCUAAUAAUUGUAGCAAACAAAUGUGACGUGAAGAGGAUUUCUGAGCUUUCUGAGGAAAACCAGGUAGGAAAUUCUGUUCGUCCGUCUGUCUUUAGGUUGUGCACUGGCUCCGAGUGCACCUUGAAUAAUGGGGUAGAUCAGGAUGAUAUGGAGAAGACUCCUCCUUUGCAGAGUCAGGUCAUGCCAUUAACAAGGCAAGUUGAAGUGGAUCAGGAUCAAACGAAAUUUUCUGAGUGGCUCCGUCGCCUCCAUUUUUCUAAAAAGUUAAACCCACAAUUUUACCCUCACCAUUUUUUGAGAAACGAAACCAGGUGGUCUGGGGAAACGGCCAGAACUUGAGAGGGGACAAGGUGGUGUUCUGGUAAGAUCUUUUCAUUUUGACGAAGAGGUUUAGCUUCCAUUCACUGUGAAUUAUUUCCCCCCCUGCACCCCAAUCAGAGUGAUUUGGGGGAGGCAGUUCGUUUAUUUCAAAGAGUUGUUCUUUGUGAGGGUCUUCAUUCUUGUCUGAAUUUUGGCUGUGAGAGCAGGGAGUAAGCAGCAGAGUCACACUGCACAAGUAGCCUGCUUUUCCCCCAGUCAUCUUUUUUCCUAACAGACAGCUCAAAACCAUAACUUGCUUUCUUGGGUGACUGUUCUAGUUUUUUUAUACCAAAGGUGAUAUCACCUAGCAUGAUAGCCCCUGGACCAGUUUCCUGAAUUUUAGCAGGCAUUUUAGCCUGAAACUGGCAGGUGUAAUCCACCUGCAGUGGUUCCUUUGCAUGCAAAUUUCAUCCACAUGUGAAAAAGAAAAACAGAAUCCAUUUUUUGGUUUCUAGUUUUAGUCGAUGGUGGUUUCAGAUUUAACUGAUCGGAGUCAGACAUACCCAAGUAAUGAGUUGAAGUGCAACAGUUUAGGUUGUAUACACACUGUACUUUUCAGGCACAAUACAUUUAAAGCACACCCAUAGCACAUUCCCCCCCCCCCAAGAAUUCUGGGCACUGUAGUUCACAAAGUUAACAACUCCCAGCAACCCUUAACCGAUUACAUGCCCAUAAUUUUUUGAGGAGGGAAACAGAUGGAACUAUGGUCUGCUUAUGUGUAAUUUAUUUCACGGCCGAUGUGACACAUUCUAACAUAACUGUUGUAUCUUCCAGUUCAUGAAGAUCUUGUGCUUAUUUUGAAACCUUAGCAAUAGAAGGCAGCAAUAUUUUUGUUGGGUUUAAGCAUUUCGUUUCACUACUGAAUUCACGUAUGUCCAUCAUGUUUUAGAAAAUGUUUGCUGAUUUAGAAGCAGAUGGGCUUCCUGUCAUCGAGACGAGCACCCUAACCGAAGAAGGAGUGAUUCAAGUUAAAACAGAAGUGAGUCGUAUGUAUGUUUGUUUUUGUAUAAGCUAUGUUCCAGACACACACACUCAUUGGUUUGGACCAACAGUGACCUCCUCCACAUUUAAAAGAUUUGUGCUGCUUAGGGAAAGGCUACAAUAAUAAUAAUAGUAAUACCUUGCACUAGGACACUGCUCUGGUCCACCAGAAGCGGCUUAGUCAUGCUGGCCACAUGGCCUGGAAGCUGUAUGCCGGCUCCCUUGGCCAGUAAAGUGAGAUGAGCGCUGCAACCCCAGAGUCGUCCGCGACUGCACCUAAUGGUCAGGGGUCCCUUUACCUUUAAUACCUUGCACUAGGACACUGCAGGAGAAAUGCGAAGCCAAAUCCAAAGCUGAUUAUUAUUAUUAUUUAUUAUAUUUGUUAGUUGCAUUAGCUUGUCCAAGGCAAUCAAAAGCGACUUGUGCAACCACAAAACCUACCUAUUUCAGCAAAUGUUUAUGGCAUAGGACCACCAGCUCUUUUACCUUUUGCUCAUGGUUGUUUUGACCAACCUAUUGUUCCGUUAGCUGCUGGCAGCUGGACUGGAAGCCUGUUUGGACAACUGUAAAGAGGAGGAACAUUAAUGAUAGGCUUUCUUCAUUGUUCCAUUCCCUUUAAUAGGGAACAGGUGGUUGAUUGCCAAACAAUUUACAAGCUAGAGAGGGUCAUCCAAAAAAAAAGGAGUGUUUUAUAUGUGCUGGGGAGACCUUUUGGCCCUCCCGUUCCAGACUGACAAGUAUGCGAAGUUCUUUUAAAAUGGCCUCCUUAGUGGAAAGGAAGAAAAGUCUGGUGAUAAUGGGCCUGUUGAUGCAAGCACCGGCUUGCUCUGUAGGUGAAUUCUAGAUCAGAGACACUAAGCUUAAUAUUAUGGAAGAUGGGAUUAAACCAGGAAAUUUUAAAAGGGAAAUUCCGGAAAUUUAUAAUGAUUUUGCCCUGCAGAGUCAGUUUUUUUAAGAUUUCAGAUUGGAGGUUUGAUAGCUCAUGAGUAGUUAAAGAAUUAGGGCAGCCAUCUUGCUUGGUGAUUUCACACACACCCAGUCUGGUGCAGAUGUAGUGCUUCCUUUUCACUGUGGUAAUGAGAUGGAAAGCCUGUGAACCUGUGGGUGCUUCCAGUUUCCUUUCCCCUGCUGUUUUUUCAGUGACAGUAAGGAUGGAAUUUGGGAGCCCGUGGGGUACUCCUGCUCAAUGAAACUGACGUUAAGAAAUUGGGAGCCAUUAUGUUUGCGUGUUAUUCGUCUGCUUUCAUCAGCAUGGUUUUUUUUAAAUUUCUAUUUUGUGUGUUUUCAGGCCUGUGACAGGUUGCUGGCCCAUCGUGUUGAUACCAAAAUGAAAGGAAACAAAGUACACGAUGUACUGAACAGGCUCCACUUAGCUAUCCCGUCCAAAAGAGACAACAAGGUUGGUGUGUGUGCCCAUUAUACCUCUGUCAUCCCCUGUCCCCUCAGAUUUCAGCAAUGUAUGUGCGAUACUCUCCCUGAUGCUUUUUAACAUCUUUAUGCGCCCCCUCGCCCAGCUUGUCCAGAGUUUUGGGCUGGGUUGCCAUCAGUAUGCCGAUGACACCCAACUCUAUCUGUUGAUGGAUGGCCAUCCUGACUCGGCCCCAGACACACUGACCAGAUGUUUGGAAGCUGUGGCUGGAUGGUUACGUGGAAGCCGGUUGAAGUUAAAUCCUUCGAAGACAGAGGUCCUCUGGCUGGGACGGGACGAUAUGGGAUUGGGGGCAACUCCCAUCUCUUGCGGGGUGCAAUUAGUGCCAGCACCGUCCGUUAAGAGUUUGGGUGUAAUCUUCGAUACCUCCCUCUCUAUGGAGGCGCAGAUUACAGCUAUAACAAAGGCGGCAUUUUUCAUCUCCGCCAAGCUAAGAAGUUGGCCCCUUAUCUCUCUCGCCCUGACCUAGCCACUGUGAUCCACGCGACGGUCACCUCCAGACUGGAUUAUUGUAACUUGCUCUACGUGGGGCUGCCCUUGAGACUGACCCAGAAACUCCAGCGGGUGCAGAAUGCCGCGGCGAGACUCCUUAUGGGGUCUUCGCUGCGAGAUCACAUUCAUCCGGUACUAUACCAGCUGCACUGGAUCCCGGUGGAGUACAGGAUCAGGUUUAAGGUGCUGGUUUUAACCUUUAAAGCCCUAUACGGCCUAGGACCCUCGUACCUACGGGACCGCCUCUCCUGGUAUGCCCCACAGAGGAACCUACGGUCUGCAAAUAAAAACAUCCUGAAGGUCCCAGGCCUCAGAGAGGUUAGGCUGGCCUCAACUAGAGCCAGGGCUUUCUUGGCUGCGGCUCCAAUCUGGUGGAGCAGCUCUGUCACAGAGACGAGGGCCCUGCGGGACCUGACAUCUUUCCGCAAGGCCUGCAAGACAGAGUUGUUCCACCAGGCCUUUGGUCAGGGCCCAGCCUGACUCCCUCCUCCGGCAACCUGCACAGAACUUUGCUUAACGGUUGCCAUUAAUUUGAUUUUAAUUAAUUUUUAUAAUGAAAUGGUUUAGAAUGUUGGAUUAUUUGACUGUUUGAUUAUUUGUUUGUUGUUAGCCGCCCUGAGCCUGGCUUUGGCUGGGGAGGGCGGGAUAUAAAUAAAAUUUAUUAUUAUUAUUAUUAUUAUUAUUAUUAUUAUUAUUAUUAUAUAAUACACAUGCAUCUAAAUCAAAACAGCCUUGUUUUUUGGUUUGUUUGUUUUUUUUUGCUUUCACAUGCUGAUAAAUGCAAUUAUGAUUUGCUUGUUUUUUGUUUUUAAACUGCUUCCUUGAGCUCAUCUUGGUUUUAUCGUUUAAUCUUAGGAAAGGCCACCUUUUAUCCCUGAAGGUGCCCUGCUCCGCAAAAAACGCAUGGAAGUUGAUGCGCCUAAAAAGAAACUGGUAAGCAUCUUUUGAAAGAUUUUCCCAGGAGAAGAGCAAAAUUUGUGUGAAGCUUUUAAAAAAGGGCCCAUUUUAAUGCUGUGUGCUUGUUCGCAGGAGAAAGACAUUGAAAUGGAAAUGGGAGACGAGUAUGUUUUGGAUCUUAAGAGUAAGUGGUAACAGUAAUCUUAAUGUUCACACUAGAGGUGUCACUGGAUGUAGUGUUCCCAUUUUGCAGAGAAUUCAGGUAGAAAACUGCAAGGUUAACUUCAGCUGCUGUGUGUGGUUAGCAGCCCUGUUUAGGGAAGUUUUUAAUGUUUGAUGUUACUGCUUUUUUAUUAUUAAUAUUCUGUUGGGAGCCACCCAGAGUGGCUUGGGAAACCAAGCCAGAUGGGUGAGGUAUAAAUAAAUUUUUUUAUUAUUAUUAUUAUUAACAUAAUUAUUACGUUAUGCUCUUAGUCUACUGGGUAAUACUGAUGUUCACCUAAUUUUCCAUCAAGGACUAUAUGUUAAAGUUGAUGGAGGGCUUUGUCGGUUUGCAUAAGGAGUGAACAACCUGCAGCCUUUGGCCUAAUGUCAUGCAUCCCUUUCCCGAAUUACCCUCUCCUGUGUUGCCACUGGCAAAGCUGCUUUGGGUGGAGGGAGGGUAGCAGGUGUCAGAAAGUGAGUGACCUUUCUAGACAGUCAGUUUUUUGGACAGAUAAUAAUUCAAACUACAAGGGUUUUUUUGACGAAGCCUAAGGUUAAAGGAAGAUUGUUCUGGUUGCCAGACAGGUUUAUCAACUCUGGAUCACCUGCUAUCAGGUAACUUCCUGCUGUAACAAUGAAAUAGUAGCUUCUGUGCCUCACAAAUUAAUAAUUCUGUGUGUUCUUCCCCUCUCCGCCUUUUAGAAUACUGGGAUCUAAUGAAUCCAUCUGAAAAAUAUGAUAAGGUGCCAGAGAUCUGGGAAGGACACAACAUAGCAGAUUAUAUUGACCCAGAUAUCAUGAAGGUAGGAGUUAUCCCCAUUAACCUCACACUUCAGUGUACAGAAAAUGUGUGCAUUCUUGUCAUGACAUGAAUAUACAGAACAUUCUGUCAAGCUAUGCAUUUCUUGUCUAGCCUCUUAUUAAGAAGAAUCACAACUAAGAAGAAUGAAUUGAUUGACUCCGCAAAACCAUCACUCUGCUUCUGCCUUUCAUCUUGGUUCAGAAAUUGAGAACUUCUGAUAUGGCAGUUAGGAGUUUGAGCAUUAACUAUCUGAAAGGCUCUGUUGAUGAAUAUUUGAAGCAUGCAUAUUGUAAAAGUUUCUAAUGCAUUGUGUGUGACGUCUUUAAAGAAACUGGAGCAACUGGAGGAAGAGGAGGAGCUGAGGCAAGCAGCUGGAGAAUAUGACAGCGACUCAGAAAGCGAAGAUGAGGAAAUGAUGGGCAUCAGACAGCUGGCACAACAGAUUCGAGAGAAAAAGAAACUCAAGAUGUUGGCAUCCAAAGAGAAAGAUACACAGGGGCCCAGGAUGCCGAGAACGGCGAGAAAGGCAGGUUUCAAACAUUUUGUUAAGAAUGUGUUGGGGCCUGACUGCAGUUAAGGGAUUAAGGGAUUUACGUGUGUUCCCUCCCACCCACUCACUUUCGUUACAAAACAAAAAUCGAAGUUGUCAUGGCUAGAAAUGCCUGUUAGACUGCAGAUUAAAAAUAAUGGCUUAGGCAGAUGAAAUAGUAACAGGCCCGUAAGCGAUAGAAGAAGAAGAAUGAGAAUCUCCAUUAAGGUAUGUUCUAGUUUAGGACUUGUCAGAAACACAAGGAUCACGCCUGACUCUACGCAGUCAGCAGAACAAAGUUGUGGAAUGAACUGGGACAUAGGAAGGUGACUUCUGUUGAGUCUGAGCUUUGGUCCACCCAACUCAGCACUGUCAACAUUGAGUGGCAGAGGUUCUCCAGGGUUUCAUACAAGAGUUUCCCCCAGGCUACCUGGAGAUGUCUGGAUUGAGCCCGGGACCUUUUUUCAUACUAAGUAUGUUUGGCCCUUCCCUAUUUCAGACAUGAUUAUUUAUUUCCCACACCCGCCCAACAUUAUAAGCUUCUAGCAGUUCAACAAACAAAUUUUACUAUAGGCCACACACCCGCCUGCACUGGCAUGUUUCAAAGUAACAAACAGGAGCUUAAGUGAACUCCCAGUUGUUCCUUUGCCAGAACAAGUUGCAUUCCUUCAUCCAAAUUCUUCCUACAAGGCGUAGGGCUGAUUGAGUUCUGGCCCGUUGGGGUUGGGGUAAGGUUCCUCAUGUCUGCCUUAAGCACAACAGUUCAUUAUUAUUAUUAUUAUUAUUAUUAUUAUUAUUAUUGCCUGCUUCCAGAAGCGUAGGCUCAUUUGCUACCCUUACUCUGUGUUGUCGUGUUGAGCAUCCUGUAUGCAUGGAAUGUGUGUUCUGGUACAUGUUAAAUUACACCUAAACUAAUUUGAAAAGGGGGGGGGAGAACGGCAGACCAUUGACAUUCCUGCUUUUAUCUGUUUGUCUCCAAAUUGUCACUGAAAUCUAUCUGGAACGUACACUGUAGGAUUUCUCUUGUAGUUUUUGGACAGUGUACUGGAUUGCUUCUUAGGCUCCUUUCUGCCACGUCAAUAUAAAAGUGUAUUGAUAACAAGGAAAAUAAUUGAUGACUUGUGUCUUUAGGUUGAACGGAAGACAUUAGAGAAGGAGAUGACUGAUCUUGGGCUUGAUAUGACUGGUAAAAAUGAGGUAAGACAGACUUUUUUCUGCAUUGAUUGCUGUAGGAAUUACUUCCAUUAUUUCUAAAUGUCCUUAUUAUACUUCAUUUUACUGCCACUGGAAAUAAAGCUGUGGCUUUUUUGUUUGUUUGUUUGUUUUAAAGCCAGGUGGCGCCUGCAGGUCUCACACCGCAGGAGGCGAUUGUGGGAUCCAAGCAAUGUGUUGGUUGAUGGAACCGCUGGGCUAAGCUGGCUCCAGGAAUAAAGCUGUGUUAAGGGAAUUGAUUAAUAUUGGAUUAAGACUGGAAUUCAGAGUCGAAAAAUCCUAUUAUUUAAUAAAGUUUGUACUCAUAAGCUGUUAGCUGAAUUAAGUAGUAUUUAUGCUGAGGAACAGUGUGCAGCACCUGAUAACUAAUUUAGAAGAUGAGGGGUUCUGAUUGGGCUUUUCUUGGUUUGUGAAUUUUCAGGCACAUUAUGUAGCCCAGGCAAGAAGAUCCCGGAGUGUUACCCGUAAACGUAAACGAGAAGAAUCUGUAACACCUACAUCUGUGGCACGAAGUCGCAGUUCCUCCCGCACACCUCGCGAUGUAUCUGGCCUUCGAGACGUAAAGGUCUGUCUUAAGUUUAUUAGAGUUCUGGAUGGUUUUAUAGGAUGUAGUAUUGCAAAUAGGCAUUUAUAAAUCUGAAAGUUGAGCUACUGUAAUUAGGUUUUUAAGCAUUUUAAAUUGACUUGUAAUACGUUUGAAGCAGAAUCAGCCUGUGUUCAGUUCAUCAUCCGUACCGUCAUGUAUAAGGGUGGAUGGUUAACCUGUGGCCCUUCAGAUGUUGCUGGACUACAACUCUCACCAUCCCUGUUUGGCCAUAUUGCCUGGCGCUGAUGGGAGUUUGAGCCUAACAAAAUCUAGGAGGACUACAGGUAAGCUACGCCUGCACUAAGGGGAUGUGAUGGCAAUAGGCCAGCUUGUCACUUAUUUGGCUGAGGUGUCCAAGACUUGCCAUGCACAAACAUAGCUGGGAGUAAGCUCCACUGAACAUAAUACUUCUGUGUAAGAUUGUGCUGUUAAUACUGGACAGGUAGGGCAGGGAGAAAGUCCUAGGAAAAGGAGGUACCAGGUCGCCAGGCAAAAUGGCUGAAUUUACAUACUGAUGUGGAAUAGCCAAAUGACUUCAGGACUCAUCUGGCUGUUUAGCUCUGCCUUUUUAUGUAAUAUAUGUAGCUUAUGCAAGGACACUUCGAGUGUUUGAGAGACCAAUCCCUUUGUAUUUUUAAAUUGCUUCUAUAGAAGGCACAUUUAUGGCUGUGUCUCAGAUACUAGUCUUAUACUCUUAACCACUACUUCCCAAAGGGACUAUAAGGCAAUAUUUGGGUCAUAUUAUUGGUGUGGAGGAUGAGCCUCAAGUGGAGAAAGAAUGCUUCACUUAUGAUUUUUUUUUUAAUUUGUAUAGAUGGUGAAGAAGACUAAAACUAUGAUGAAGAAAGCUCAAACGAAAAUGAACCGGUUGGGCAGGAAAGGGGAAGCAGAUAGGCACGUCUUUGACCUUAAGCCCAAACAUCUGUUUUCUGGCAAGAGGAAAUCUGGUACAAACCAACGAAGAUAAUUGGCUCUACAAAGACAGUAUGAAAAUAGCAAUGCAAAUUAAAGGCAACAUAUAUAU